UUUAAGUCUCGAGUGAACAAUUGAAUAUGUCUUCGAUCACUUGGAUCACUUCGCUUUCGUGUUCAAGCUCUGUGAUUGAAUCAUCCAAGGAGACGACAUCUAUUCAUGUUGUAUUCCAAUGGCUGAGAUUCAUUUUCUUUUCUCCUUGUCCGCAAAGGGUUCUCUUCUCGGCCGUUGAUAUCUUUUUAUUGCUUACCCUCCUAUGCUUUGCUGUUUACAAGCUCUAUUCUCGAGGAAAUAGCCAUGGCAGCUCCGGCAACUACACGCAUCUCAUAAGAAAUAACAGGGCCUUUAUCAAGACUACCAUAUGGUUCAAACUCCCUUUGACUGUGACGGCUGUAUUAGCGUUUUCUUACAGUAUUAUAUGCAUUCUUGCAUUUACAAGGAGUAGCCAGGAGCCAUGGAAGCAAUUUGAUGGUAUGUUUUGGUUGGUUCAAGCCAUAACUCAUGCUGUGAUUGCAAUCUUAAUCAUCCAUGAGAAGAGAUUCGAGGCUGUUAAACAUCCAUUAUCUCUCCGUGCUUAUUGGUUUGCGAAUUUCAUCAUCAUUUCGUUGUUCGCCGCAUCCGGUAUCAUUCGUGCGGUGUCUGUCGAAACAGACGAGGAUAAACAUUUGAGGCUGGAUGAUAUGGUUUCCUUUGUUUCUUUCCCAUUAUCAGUUCUUCUUAUUGUUGUGGCCAUUAGAGGUUUGACUGGUAUAACGGUGACCGGGGUACCCGAGGCAACAAUGGAUGAAGAGGAAGCCAAGUCACAUGAGCCGCUUUUGAGCAAACCGAAAGUGAGUGGCUUUGCUUCAGCUUCCAUAGUAUCAAAGGCCUUUUGGAUAUGGAUGAAUCCUCUGUUGAGACAAGGCUACAAAUCCCCUCUCAAAUUGGAGGAUGUCCCUACUAUGUCACCCGAACAUAGGGCCGAGAAGAUGUCGCAGCUCUUCGAACUGAACUGGCCUAAACCACAUGAAAAAUUGAGCCACCCUGUUCGGACUACAUUGCUACGGUGCUUUUGGAAGGAAGUUGCCCUGACUGCAUUCCUUGCAAUAGUGCGGCUUUGCGUUAUGUAUGUCGGUCCGGUACUGAUUCAAAGCUUUGUCGACUACACUGCGGGGAAAAGAAGCUCACCUUAUGAAGGAUACUAUCUUAUAUCGAUUCUUCUCAUAUCGAAGUUUUUCGAAGUGUGGACUACUCAUCACUUCAACUUCAACAAUCAGAAACUCGGGACGCUCAUUCGUUGCAGUCUUAUCACCUCUUUAUACAAGAAGGGGUUAAGGUUAACAUGCUCCGCUCGUCAGGCUCAUGGUGUUGGACAGAUUGUGAAUUACAUGGCUGUUGAUGCUCAACAGCUCUCUGAUAUGAUGAUGCAGCUGCAUUCUAUUUGGAUUACUCCUUUGGAAGUUGCGGUUGCCAUGGUGCUUUUGUAUAAGUACCUCGGUGUUGCGAUAGUCACUGCAAUGAUUGGACUUCUCGGUGUUUUUGUUUUUGUGGUAAUCGGAACCAGAAGGAACAACCAGUUUCAAUUCAAGGUGAUGCAGAAUCGUGACAAGAGGAUGAAGGCCACCAAUGAGAUGCUUAAUUACAUGAGGGUGAUCAAGUUCCAGGCUUGGGAAGAACACUUCAAUAAACGAAUCCAAUCUUUCCGUGAAACUGAGUUCAAAUGGCUAUGCAAAUUCACGUAUUCGAUCACCGGAAAUGUCAUAGUGAUGUGGUCAACACCAGUACUGAUAGCUACCGUCACAUUUUGGACUGCACUUUUAUUAGGAGUGAAACUUGAUGCAGGGCUAGUGUUCACGACAACAACAAUCUUGAAGAUCUUGCAGGAGCCCAUCAGGAACUUCCCACAGUCGAUGAUCUCGCUUUCACAAGCAAUGAUUUCCUUGGAGAGAUUGGAUACUUAUAUGAUGAGCAAGGAAUUAGCGGAUUCAUCGGCUGAGAGACAGGAGGGUUGUGACGGUAGUAUUGCCGUCGAAGUUAAAAAUGGGGCAUUUAGCUGGGAUGAUGAAAAUGGAGAGGAGGUUCUGAAAAACAUUAACUUAGAGGUCAAGAAAGGGGAACUUACCGCUAUAGUCGGGACCGUGGGAUCCGGGAAAUCUUCUCUUCUUGCUUCCAUUCUCGGGGAGAUGCGCAAAACAUCAGGAAAGGUUAAGCUUUGCGGUUCGACUGCAUAUGUAGCUCAAACAUCUUGGAUUCAAAACGGAACAAUUCAAGAGAACAUCCUGUUUGGUCUGCCGAUGAACGAGGAGAAAUACAGGGAAGUUGUAAGGGUUUGCUGUUUGGAGAAAGAUUUAGAAAUGAUGGAUUUCGGUGAUCAGACUGAAAUAGGAGAACGUGGAAUCAACCUUAGUGGCGGCCAGAAGCAACGGAUACAACUUGCGAGAGCUGUUUACCAAGAUUGUGACAUCUACCUUCUUGAUGACGUCUUUAGCGCCGUUGACGCACAUACAGGGACAGACAUAUUUAAGGAAUGUCUGAGAGGAGCUCUCAAGGGGAAGACUAUUUUGCUUGUAACACAUCAAGUGGACUUCUUGCACAAUGUUGAUCUUAUCUUGGUGAUGCGAGACGGGAUGAUAGUACAGUCAGGGAAGUAUAAUAGUCUACUCGACUCUGGCUUGGAUUUCGGUGCUCUGGUAGCUGCACAUGAAACGGCUAUGGAGCUAGUAGAAGCAGGCAACAAUGCACCCGAAGAAAAUUCCAACAAAACAUCCAAACCUCCUCAGGGCGUUUCCAAUCUUGGGGAAGCGAAUGGUGAGUCUCAAGACCACCCGAAAUCCAUUAAGGGGGAUUCUAAGCUGAUCAAAGAUGAAGAGAGGGAAACCGGUAAAGUCAGCUUCAAUGUAUACAAAGUGUACUGCACUGAGGCCUUUGGCUGGUGGGGUGUGGCUGCAGUACUGUUAAUAUCUCUGGUAUGGCAAGGUUCUCUAAUGGCCGGCGAUUAUUGGCUCUCGUACGAAACUUCAGCCAAACACGCUCUUUCAUUCGACCCUUCGGUAUUUAUAUCUGUUUAUGCCAUCAUAGCAGCUGUGUCUGUUGUGUUGAUUUUCAUCAGGGCCAUUUUUGUUACACUUAUGGGGCUCAAAACAGCUCAGAUCUUUUUCGGGCAAAUUCUUCAAAGCAUCUUGCAUGCCCCUAUGUCCUUUUUCGAUACCACACCUUCAGGAAGAAUUUUAAGUCGGGCAUCAACUGAUCAGACCAACGUUGAUUUCAUUGUUCCGUUCUUCAUGGGGCUAAUAAUUUACAUGUACAUAACACUGCUCAGUAUCUUCAUAAUCACAUGUCAAUAUGCUUGGCCAACAAUAUUCCUGAUAAUUCCUCUUGGUUGGCUGAAUAUCUGGUAUCGGGGAUACUUCCUUGCAUCAUCUCGAGAAUUAACUCGCCUUGACUCGAUCACCAAAGCACCCGUCAUUCAUCACUUCUCGGAAAGCAUCUCCGGAGUUAUGACAAUUCGAGCAUUCAGAAAGGAGGAUAGUUUUUGUCAGGAAAAUGUUAACAGAGUAAAUUCCAAUUUACGCAUGGAUUUCCACAACUAUGGAUCCAAUGAAUGGUUGGGGUUCCGCUUGGAACUAAUCGGGAGUAUAGUCCUCUGCCUUUCUACAUUGUUUAUGAUCAUGUUACCUAGCAGCAUUGUCAAGCCAGAAAAUGUGGGGUUAUCUCUUUCAUACGGGUUGUCCCUCAACAGCGUGUUGUUCUGGGCAAUAUACAUGAGCUGCCUUGUGGAAAACAGGAUGGUUUCUGUUGAAAGAAUAAAGCAGUUUUCGAGGCUUGAGCCGGAAGCGGCAUGGCAUAUUGAAAACAGCCUUCCCCCUCCGAAUUGGCCUGCCAAAGGCAACGUCGAGCUCAAAGACCUGCAGGUAAGAUACCGUCCAAGCACGCCUCUUGUACUUAAAGGCAUUACUCUGAGCAUUAACGGUGGUGAAAAAAUCGGUGUUGUUGGUCGGACGGGGAGUGGGAAGUCGACUUUAAUCCAAGUUUUCUUUAGACUGGUUGAGCCAACAGGAGGGAAAAUAAUCAUCGAUGGCAUAGAUAUUUGCAUGCUAGGACUUCAUAAUCUUAGGUCGCGCUUCGGAAUCAUCCCACAAGAACCUGUCUUAUUCGAAGGAACUGUUAGAAGCAACAUCGAUCCGGUAGGACAGUAUUCGGAUGAAGAGAUAUGGAAGAGCCUUGAGCGCUGCCAACUUAAAGACGUUGUUGCUUCGAAACCAGAUAAACUCGAUUCUUUAGUGGUUGACAACGGAGACAAUUGGAGCGUGGGGCAAAGGCAGCUCCUGUGCUUGGGGAGAGUUAUGCUUAAGCGCAGCAGGCUUCUGUUCAUGGACGAGGCAACUGCAUCGGUCGAUUCUCAAACUGAUGUCAUAAUCCAAAAGAUUAUCAGGGAAGAGUUUGCAGCCUGCACGAUCAUCAGCAUUGCUCACAGAAUACCAACAGUAAUGGACUGUGAUAGGGUAUUAGUCGUCGAUGCAGGAAAGGCUAAAGAAUUCAACUCACCAUCGCGCUUGCUCGAAAGGCCAACACUCUUUGCAGCAUUGGUUCAAGAAUAUGCCAACCGCUCUUCCGGUUUAUAACCGAAUCUCGUGGAGGAUUUUUCAUAGACUACCGGUGCCGGAAAUCCCAAAGGUGACAUGUGAGUUUUGCAGAUGGUAGUUAACCUAGUAUACAUUCAGCUACGAAGAAUGUUCUAUUUAUUUCAAUAAAAGUUCAGCAAAAUGUUAUCUAUGCCUAUUGGGCGUGUCUAUGUACGAAUGUACUCAUUUAAUAUAUUUCUUUUACCUUCUUUUCC